UUUGGGUUGGUUUUGGUGUAAGCAGGAGCCUCUCUGCACAUUGUCCCUUGGUGUAACUGUGAACAUCAGACCUCACCACUAGAAGUAGACACUGUCUGAAAAAUAUGCCCCUAAUUUCAGAGAGUGCAGUCAGGUCAAGGAAACUUACCUGAAAAGUAAAGUUACUGAAAAGAAAAUCGGUUCUGAUUUAUCUGAAAGCAGACAACAUAUUAUUUUCCUUAUUUGUGUAACCUCCUGAAACACUGAACUGAUCUUUGCUUCCCAGCAGGGUGCACAUUGGCAGAGUUCAGGCCUGGAGCAGAUACAAAACAUGAAAACUCAGGGAGUGGAGUCAUUAAAACAGAAGGUUUAGGUGCUGAUGUGCAUUUUCAAGUGAAAGCAGUGCACCUUUAGAACGGUGGUGACUUUGCUCUUGUUGCAACACAACCCGUCUGGGAUUUCAACACGCUGCCCGAGGGGGCCUGGGAGUUGCCCAGGGCACAGCAGUGCAGAGAAAGUGUGGCUCAUUAAGCCAAAACUCUGUUUGCCUUCCCCUCCCUUUAAAGGGCAGUGAUUUGCUGUGGAGCAGGGCUGAGGGAAGGGUGGUAACAGCCCUCCAUGAACUGUUCUUGGGAGGAAAUGUCAUGAAAGGAAUUUCUUCAAGUCUUUUUUUGUAGCCUAGAGUAUGGCUGCUCCAGCACAGGAAAGGAACAUACCCUUUCUUCUGGUCUUUUCCUAAAUUAAAUUUCAGUGUAGAUGCUUAAUAAGUUUAGCUCAGCCAGACUUGGAUAUUGUCAUGUUUUCAUGUUGAUGGAAAAGAUGCUUUUGUUGAUGUUUCUGUGACUACCUCUGCGCUGAAGCGUUCUAGCAUGUGACAAUGCAAAGAUACUGAGUGCUGUGGCCUCUUUAACGGGAACUGCAAUGGACUAUAUCUUACAGCUCAGUUCGAGACCUGAUUCCGUGGAUCCCACUGAGCAGUGAGUAGCUCUAAUGAUAUUUUUUAAGCAAAACCACUUCAGCCACCCUUUGAAUGAAGGGGCGGGGGCAAGAGAAAAAAAGGAGGGCACUUCCUUUAAUAACACUGAAAAAUGUCCGUCUUCUGAAUGAUCUCAAAACUAAACUGUAUGAAUGUACUGUCACUAAGUGACAAGUGUCACUAAGAGAAAUUUGGGUUCGACUUGACUGACUUAUGAUGCUUUCGUGUGGUUCUGGUCAGCUGGGACAGGACAUAAUAACUUUAAGGGGAGGGUGAUUUUUGCUCUCCAGUGGGAAGAAAGUAAUAGUGUGUUGCUCUGCGCAGGUAGGAUGGAAAGCAAGGCCCUGAUUGAAGGUCUCAAGCUGAAGUCGAAGGGUUUCUGGAAGUAUCCCCAACUGGAUAACUGGUUCAGCUGUAUUGCCUUUCCUGCUCCUGCCUUUGAGCUGAGAACUACUCCCAGAGAAGUGUCCCGAACCCUCCCAAACAGCUGCGGCGAUGUGAGACCUGCUCCACGAUCCAUCCCCUGGGAAUUUCAAAUCUGUCCCAAGACCUCUGGCACGUGCUGGUUGGAAGUUUGCCUUAAUGACCCCUGGAAACCAGUUGGGCUGCCGGCUGGCCGGGAGCAGCAGUUUGUGUUGUGUGGAGAGCAGCUGGAUGGAUGGAUGGAACCUCCUCUCACCAUCCUGUGCUUCCCUGAAGUAGCGAGUACUUCAGACUCACCAGCGGAGAAGCAGACUUGCUGUGGAAAAACGCUCGGGAUCUUUGUGCAAGAGGUAAGUGUAUUUUCACGAGGUUUGAGCGUGAAAUGGGUUGUGUGUGCAGUGUGUGCCACAGCCUGGCUCAGCCCCGGCUCUAACGGCCACAGAGCUCCAUCCAGAGACUCUGUCAGAGCACGAUUUCCCUUUGGAGCUGAUCUGAUGUACCUGAGCAUUGCCCCCUAAAUAUAUCCCUCAUUUCCUGUGGGCUGAGUCUGGGGAUGGUGUGGCCAGUGGAGUUCAUUUGGUCAACUGGAUGAUUGAAUAGAAAAUAAAAUCAAUAAAUAAAUAAAAAACAGGCAAAAAAAAGCCAGCAGCUUUGCUGUGGAUGACCCCUUCCCUGCUCUCACUCCCGUUCAACCACACAAUCUCUAGACCCAGUGCAGGAAAUCUGGGUGGAUGGAGGAGAAAAGCAGUUCUUCUGGCAGGUGUUCACAGCAGCACAGGGUCAGCUUGGACGUGGAGCAACGCCUUUCAACUUGCUGAGCUCAGGUGGAAACUGAAGAGAAUGAAUUAAAAACUUAUUUGGGAAUAGGCUUUCUUUUUCCUUUCACAUUUUCUGUGUUACAGUUUGUCUCACCCCCAUCAGUUACCAAUCCGUAGGAAGGUCCUUACUCCGAGUGGUUGCCAGCGGAGGCUGUUUCCAGAGAAUAUCCCAGAAGAAAAA